AUGGAGCUCCGGAUAUACCACAUGCGGGCGAAUGUGAACUACAUCAUAUGCUGUGCCACGUGCUGGCGCAACGUCACAUUCACGGACUGGUUCUCGACUAGGAGGGUGGACCACUUCGACGUCAAGGGCAUGGACAUGACCGUGGCUAUACAUGCGUGCUGCACUGAACUCGCAGACGAGAUCGAACCCAACGACGCUAGCAUGAGUCUUGAGUACCGACGUGUGCAUCUUGAAGGACUCGAACGGGCGCAAUGCAAGGUCGUGGACGCGCGCAUGGUCAUGCACAGGCUCAUAUUCUAG